AUGUUGAAACUUUUCGGUCUCGCCUCCUCGUCGCCGUCUGGGCCGAAACCCUCGUCUUCGGAGGCCGAGCGACGUGCCCUGCCAGCCUCAUGGUAUCGUUCCGAGGCCAUGUACGAGCUUGAGCGCCGUGCCAUCUUUUCCCGCCAAUGGUUACUUCUCACACACAUGCUCCGAGUUGCAAAGGCCGGUGACUAUGUCUCCUUCAACAUCGCUGGCUUUCCCUUCUUCGUCAUUCGGGAUCGCGAUGGCAACGUCAAUGCCUUUCACAACAUCUGUCGCCAUCGAGCCUACCCCAUCAUUGACCAUGACAGUGGCACCGCUAGGACUUUGUUCUGCAAGUACCACGGCUGGUCGUACGGGCUGAAGGGCAACUUGGCCAAGGCACCACGUUUUGAUACCGUCCCAACCUUCGAGAAGUCGGAAAACGGCCUGCUACCCAUCCACACACACGUCGACAAUCUAGGCUUUAUAUGGGUUAACCUCGAGGCGGGUGAAAAGCCGAGUAUCGCUUGGCACGCAGAUCUGGCCGCCGAUGCCCAACCACGGUAUGCUGUCCAUAACCUCAUGCGCGACUAUCAUUUUGAUCACACCUGGACGAUGGAUGGUGAUUAUAACUGGAAGGCACUCGCCGACAACUACAACGAGUGCUACCACUGCCCGACAGGCCAUCCUGGGGUCAAUGCCGUGGCAGACCUCUCCCAAUACUACGUUGAGACAGUCGGCGGGCAAAUCCGACACUUCAAUACCAACAAGGAUGAAGAGGAUAAGACUAUGGCCGUUAUAAGCACCUAUCUAUUUCCCAACUCGUCCAUCACAGUAACGCCUCAUUUCUUCUACAUUCAGCGCUGUAUCCCUGUUUCUGCCUCGAAGACAAAAAUGGAAUACGACGUGUACAGACAUAACAGCGCAGGCGACGAAGACUUUGACAGAAUCAACCAGUUCUACAAGCAAGUUCUUCAGGAGGACAAGGACCUAUGCAAUGGUGCACAGAAGAACCUGAACAAUCGCAUCUUCAUCAAUGGACAGCUGCACCCGGAGAAAGAAAAAGGGCCACUCUAUUUCCAGGAUACGGUGCGCGAGCUUGUAAUGAGCCACCGCGCGCAAGAGGAGAAGGAGAAUGGGGGCAAGGAAAUCUGGCCCGCGUCACCCAAGCCCACCCAGGCAAUGAAGACGGCCAAAAUGCUCGAGGAAGAACUGUUUUGUGCUGGUCUGGCGGCGGGCCCUUGCCAAGGCCCUUCGGAGUUGAGCCAGUUGGCGUGGUAG